GUAUUACUUUUCAUCUGGAGCAUGGUUAUAGCUUUCAGUCAGCUUCAUGUAACGACUCGUCGAGUCCAAUAUAUGAGCGCCUGUAAGUAAACCGCCCUCGCCGAAGUCGCCGAGGUCCUCUUCGCCAAGGUCACAAAUCUCGUGAUUGUGACAGCCUCUGCUUUUCCUCCUUUUCCUUCCUUUUCUCUCUCAACAACGACUACACCCAAACUCAAUAUUCAGAUCAUGUCAGAGUAUAUGCUGAAGCAGGCAUGGCUAAAGGAGCACAGGAACCAGGUUUAUCAUAUCUUUCUCGUACACUGCAAAUAUCUCAUACCUUUCAGGUCUGUGACCAGUGUCGGGACUCGAGGACCGCGUGUCUACCGCAGAAAACAUCGGUCACUUGUCUGUCUUGCAAGAAUAAAAAGGAAGAAUGUUCAAGAAAUCGCAGUUUCAAACGCUUUAGAGAUGAACUGCGCAGUCAGCGUAAGCCAUCGACCCCGCCGCCACGACUACCUGGCCAGGGAACUUCAAAGACACGGGGCCCUGGCCCCAGCACAAAUUCCUAUGGGCCUCCGAAGUAACAAGAAAGUUCCUCCUCAACAUCCAGUACCAACGGCACAAAGCACUGCCAGCUUCGUCCACCAUCUGUCGCAGGAUGCUACAGUAUCGCGUGCAUCUGUAAAGUCACCCUCUUCCCCUCCAGUUUCACCCCUUCGCUUCGAAGAACAUCCUGAAAAUGCCGGAACAUUUACACAUGACUCCACGGACACGUAUUCAUCGCAACCUCAGACUCAACAGGAUUUGAGACCCCAUCCCAAUAUUCAUCAAACAUGUGCCCCUGUCGACGUUGCAGCCUUAAAAUUCGAGAACGCUGAACUGCGCGCGUAACUACUCGAUAAAGAUGGUAUAAUCGAUAAAUUUUGCAGUACUCCUCCCU